AUGGCAUUGGGCUUCGGGACGCCAAGCUCGCAGUCUCUGGAAGUGUCCGUCUUGGGCUCCGAUGAUUUCAAGAUGUCUGCCAGUAGGCUCUCUUUGGACAUCACCUGGUUCGACGAGAGCGAGGCAGCUGGCUUGUCCUCCAAGCUCCUGGGCACGUGUAAGUCGCUGACUGGGCCCAUCUUGGAGAUUUUUGGAGUGGGCUCGAGGCUGCAGAGCGAUGUGGAGAGCGUCCACUUCUUCAUGUCUGCAGGGCUGGGCUACCUGAUCGCCAGCUUGGGUCAAUUCCUAGCUGGGAUAACGGUGGCCAUGAUCCACGGCCCCAAGCUGACUCUGUCCGUCUGCGCCUUCCUGCCGGUCCUCUUCUGCGCGGGCCAGGCAAUGGGCCAGCAGCUCGAGCGAGGAAUGACCCUCCAGCAGCAGGACUUCGCCAAGGCGGCGGGUGUGGCAGAGGAGAGCUCGGGAUGCUUCAACUGGGCCAACCGUUUGUCCAUAGAGAGCCUGCUGGGCAUCCGCACUGUGGCCGCCUUCGGGGGCGAACUGCGGGAGCAGGAGCUCUCAGGGUCCACGGCAUUUGCACGUGUCGCGUUCGCGAGAGUCGCGAGCGAGCGCUUCGCUCGGCAGCUGACGCAGGCGCGCGAUGGCGGCGUGCGCUCGGGUGUGAAGAUCGGCAUGUCGUGGGGCCUCCUGAACUUCAUCAUGGCCUUGCUCUACGCCGUGACCCUCUACGUCGGGGGGCACGGCCUUCUUACCGGCGCCUCCAAGAAGAAGGGCGGAGAUGUGGUGACCGUGCUUAUCUCGCUGAUCACGGGGAUGGGUGGCGUCAACUCCUUCAGCGGCUACCUGCCCACCAUGGCCAAGGCCAUGGCUUCUGCCUCGGCAAUGAGACCUGCCUUUCUCUUUAGCGAAUGUGCUGUGCUUGACUUCAAAGAGCUCAGGGCCCCCGACAUCCAUAAGGCGGUGAUGAGGGCCGAGGCCCAUGACAUCGAGCCAGAGGGCAUCAUGGCUGCAAGCUUUGAAAAUGGGGAGCUUCCGCAGCACGUCCAAACGAUUCAGAGCCUGGAGUUCCGAUCUGUCAGCUUCAGCUACCCGACGAACCCGGAGAAGCUCAUCCUUGACCGGCUCUCUUUCCAGGUGGCCAAGGGGCAGAAAGUGGCCUUUGUGGGGGAGAGUGGCUGCGGGAGCCAAGGCCGCAAAUCUUACGGGCGUGCCGUGCUGAUAAAAUCAAUGGAUGCCCUGCUUGCCCACUGUUCUAAUGUGGCUGACGUGAGUCAUUUCUUCAUUUCUUUGACGAUUCGUACUCCAAUUGAGUUCGCAAACAGAUAUGACUCGGAGGAAGAGGUGCUGUCAGCGUCUCGACAAGUUUUGGGGAAUGCAAACCUUUCAACUAUCAGCCAACUUGUGAGCUUGUGGGAGCUGGCAAACCAUUGGGCGGAUGAUGCAGCAGAACAGACUGCUCGCUGCUACAGUGAGCCAUUGUGCAGACAGGAUCAGCGCGUGUCAGUGCCAUCAUCCCAAAUUGGUCAGUUUGGAAAGACAUUGAGUGUCUUGCCCAGACAAAAAUUUCGCCGCAGACGCUUUGUCGCAGAGCCCAUCACGGCCCCUUCUGAUGCAAGCAAAUAUGCCCAACCACGCGCCGAUCAGCUGUGGUUAUUGUUUCUACAGAUUAAUGACGCUGGGUCGUUAUGGAAUCAAUACUGCACCUUGUCAGGUCCUUUGCAAGAAGCAUUCGGCCAAAGUAAGAUUGAAUCGUGGUUGGCAUGUCCGACGUCUACACUGUCCCGUGCUGUCAACACUGCUUCGCGCUGGGCCGCAUGGUGUGAGCAGAAUGGUGUCUCUCCCUGGAUGCCCAGUGCCCUAGAAGUCGGACUUUGGCUUCGCUCUCUUCGGGCAAAGGGGCCUACUGCCGCUCGUGGCGCUUUCGCUGCCCUGAAAUGGCUGCAGCGCCAUGUGGGGGCACCUUUCCACACUGCUUCAGAGGAAGUUGCAAGCUACGGAGUCGAUGCGCCGGAACAUGAAGAAAUUCCAGCUUCGCCGAUGUCUGUCGCGCUUUGGGUGCUCCUGGAGCAGGUCCUUGGUAGUGCUAAUGCAGGGGACCCUUUCAAACUUCUUUCAGCAUGCUGGAUAUUCCUGCUAGUCGGGUGCGUUCGCUUCAAGCACUUGCAGCAAUCCCGUCUCAUUGAGUGCUACGCCGACGGCCUGGAGUUCCUCUGCGCCAAAGGUAAAGCGCGAGUGAGGGGUGCCCAACGUCCCUUCCGCUGGAGAAUGCCUCGGUUUGGCAUCACAGGCAUAGACCUAUUCAAAGUCUGGUCAAAGCUUUUGCGCACAGCCUUUGAGGACCUGAAAGGAGUUGGUUUUGUGCUGCCAGACUUUAGGCCAAAACGCGUCCCGUUGGAACGUGUCACUGGUCUGGCUGAGGGUCCCAUGCCGCGAUGGAAGUUCACACGGUUGUCCACCGCCAUGUUCAAGCAACUCGGAGUUACCUACGUUCAUAGAGGCAAGCCGUCUGCUUUAACGUACGCGAGCAGGCGCGUCCUACCCACCUUGGCAGACAUUGCAGGUUUCCGGCCACGAGAAAUGUUGGCAAUUGGAGCAUGGAUGGAUAGUAAGCGCCCAUCCCUGCAGGAGAUGUCCUGGCGCUUGGCCAUGCCACUCCGGUACAGCGACAACAAGCUGGCGCUUUCCCAGCGCCUGAAAUCCGAGUUGAUCGGAGCUGCGCGGCUUGCUUGGUCACGUUGGUGCUGUCAGAAGGAGUCACGUGAUCCAUCAUGGGAGGACCUUAUCCCUUUGUGGCCUAGACGUGCUGAAGUUUCAAGCGCCGUGCCCGCGGCUCUCCCUGGCAAGCAGACCGAAGGAAGCAGCAGUCCCUUGCUUUCCGAGCCGAGCAUAAGCGAUGCAGAAGACGACCGGGAUGAGCCAACUUGGUUGCUGCCAGCAUCGAGCAAGCGCUCCAAACUUCAUUUGCAGUCCGCAGUUACGCCUGGCACCACUCAAUGUGGCAAGAAGCUCCGUCGCCCAGAGGAGGGCGCUGGCUUGGAGAAAGCGUUGGCAACUGGGCGCGAAUGGUCCCCCACGUGUUUCAGGAAGCUGCCCGAGUCUUCUCAAGAGCGCUGGCUGGGCUUCAGCAAGCUCCACACGUGA